CCAUAAACGUCAAACGCUCCUGAGUAAAUAUGUUCCUUGGUCAAACGAUCCCGUUGCUGUGUGUUGUUUGUUGUGUACAAUUGUGUAUUUACUGAAUUAGAGAAAUAAUUUCAACCCAAUGUGUGUCGAAUUUUAUCAUAAUGAAUGAUGUAACAAAACGUUACUGUAGACUAUGCGCGGAACUAAGGCCUAUAGUUCAAAUGAUGUCGCCCGAUAAAGAAGUCGUGGACAGUUCAAAAAUUAUUACCAAAUUAUCCUGGAUAAACAUCGACAUAUCUACUAGAAAUGGUCUCCCUAACACAAUAUGUUACGCCUGCUUGGAACUACUCGAACGUACGUGGAGUUUCCUUAACAACGUGAGAACUGCACAGGAGAAAUUACAAGCAAUAUUUCUGAGCAAAACAAAUGAAAACGUACUCGAAGUUGAAGUGGAAAAGAAGACUUACGAACAGGAACUGCCAGGCAAACCAGUCGACGAGAACUGGGAGAUCUUCCAGGAGCUAAAACGUGAAAUAAAAAUCGAAAAUUUAAACGAAAAUGUACCAACAUUAUUUCCUAGUAACACAGUUGUGAUUUCACACGAAAACCAAGUAAGUAUUAAGCUAGAAACCGAUAGUGACGGUAGGGACAUAAUUAUCGAUUCCAACGACGACUACGACCGUCUCAGCUCAUCAGACAGUGAUGUGCCACUCAAAAAUUGCUUAAAACAGAAGAAAAGUCGGAAACACAAAAAAUCUAAAAAUCAGUCAGAUUCACAACCAAUACCUGUAAACGUGUCAUGGGACGACCAGCCAUGUAUAUGCGCGAAAUGUGAUAUUCGUUGCCAGAAUGUAACAAUACUACAGUUACAUUCACUCCAAAUACAUGAUAGUUGCUGUGUGUACAAGUGUACUCAAUGUUCCAAAGUUCUUCCCGGUUUCCGAUCCUUUAUAAGACAUAUGAGAACACACAACAAAGAACUUCGACACUGCUGCGAGUUCUGUAACUGGACGUUUAGUUUAUCAGAUUUGUCAUCUCACAAAAUGAAAUACCACAAAUUGAUUUACAACACCAAAUGCUAUCAGUGCGGUUCGAACUUUGAUAGCCCCGAAGAAUUGGAAGAACACAAAAAUCUAUUCAACAAGAGGGGUAAUUUAAAGAAAGUGUUAAAAAUGGAUGAGCCAAAAGUUCACAAGUGCGAUAAAUGUGGCAAAGAGUUCAAGAGUCGGGCAAAUCUGUGCCAACACAAAUACACACACUUGGAUAGAACGAAAGACUUUGCCUGUCAUGUGUGCGGUAAAAUGUUCUUCACAAAAGGUGCAUUGUGCACUCAUUUGGUUGUUCACGAAGAUAAACGACCUUUCAAAUGCAAUCACUGCCCCUUAGCAUUCCGCGCUAAAGGUAAUUUAAUAUCACACAUGAGCUUACAUUCUGGUUUGAAACCGUUUAUAUGCGAACAGUGUGGGAAGAGUUUUAGAGUUAAAAGACACUUGAUGUCCCAUUCAAUAGUCCACACCGACUUGAGACCGUAUGUUUGUGAGUAUUGUAACAAAUCUUUCCGUUUUAAAACUCGUCUCAACUUACAUUUAAGACAACACACGGGUGUGAGACCGUACCGAUGCAUUUACUGCCAGCGUGACUUUACAAACGGGUCCAACUACAAGAAACACAUGAAGCGACGUCACGGUAUUGACACAUCUACACGGCUGUUGUCUAAACUCGCAAAUAAAAAAGAAUUAGAUGCUGUUAGUGAGGCAGUCCCUCAGUGAGUUCAAUAUUCAAAUAAACAAAUUUUCAAUUUCAAUAAAUCAUUAAGCCCAAGAACAAAAUAUUUAUACACAACCUCAUUGCUCAAACUUUGUAUAUUAUGUGAUAUUCAUGGCAUAUUAAACAAAUUAUGAAUGUCCCAAAGCAUGACAUUGUGGCAUGCAUUUGUCUUCCACGCCAUCAGCCAGACAAUGUUAUGUUGACAAUGGUAUGUUCAAGAACAAAUAUUUAAUAUGGUCCCCCUGUAAUAAAAAUUGUCUGACACGGUUACCUCUAUUCCUUGAUUGUGUAUGCCAAAGUCUUUUUUGCAAUAACAUAUAAAAUAAAUAAAUUAAUUUAAAAAGUUUGAGUAGUAUAGUAAUAAAUAAAUAUUUUGUUCCUAAUGGUUUUCCUGUUUAAAAUAACUGUUGCCAUAUUACUCAUAUUACUAACAGGUGUAUUUAAAGCAAAUGGUGAAUAUUAGUUGGGUCAUAAAAACAUGGAUUUCAAAAUAUAUUUAAACAAGUUUUUAUAUCCCAUAUGCAGACACUCAAAUGGUAGUGUGGAUUCUGAACCUUUCAUUUCUAUGAACGGAAAAUUGAAAUGUAUUAAAAAUAAGACUGAUGUAUUUUUCCAUAGUGAUGUGAUAGAUAAAUUGGAAAUAAUAAGAAACAGUGAACAUAUUGAAUGCAAGUUGCUUACUUAAACACCAAAAUUAUAUUAAUCAUUACAACAUAUUUUACAGUAGAAAAGUUAUCAACUAUGUAACUGUGAAUUGUAACAAACUGAAGUUAGACAUUCUUGGUACUUGCUAAAGUAAAGUUGUGUACAGCAAUAAUUGUAAAUAAUAUUGAAAUAUUCUAAUAUAAUAUUAGUUUCCAUUAGGUGUGAAUAAAAGUGUUCAUAUAUAGAAUUUUUAUUUAUAUAAUUUUUUUGCAUGGUAGUUAAGUGUAAAUAAAAAUUAAAUGUUUCUUUGUAGAUUUGUAAGAUACUGAUAUUAUAUAUAGUGUGAAAUGUAUUUUAUCAUUUAAGUGUAAAUAAUAAACCAGCCAAGUGCGUGUCGUGCCAUGCGCAGUAUAAAGUUCCGUACAUUAAGUUAGCACUUUAAUACCUUAUGUAAUGCACAAAAAUACAGAUAACAAUACCCCAAACCAUGGGAAAGAAAAUAAAUACUUCACCCUUACUUUGCAUCUAGGGAAGGAACUCCAAAAAUAUUUGUAGAAGACCUCUUAUAUCUUUUAAAGACCUAUCCAACAAUACCACAUCUAAUCCAUAUACUCACCAUCCAACAUACGCACACUAUGAAUUAAACAAGUAAAAAAAAAAAUAUCCCCACUUUACAUGUACCCAAAAAAUUAUAUAUUUCAA